AUGCGCGUCAUCACUUUCGCGCUCGCGACCACGUCUAUUAUCCAGCCCUGCACUGUAAGCGUCUUAGAGGCUGCGGCAUCGACGGCAACGGGACUCCGUGCCCCGACUGUCGUUCCUGCAUUGUCCAACGGUCACGAUGACAUCUCGUUCAGCAGGUCCUUGAGGUCGAGCACUCAAGGCGUCAGCAUGGGCGGAGGGCUUCUUGGCGAAGGUGUUGUCAAUAAGAUCGAAUCGGCUGUAAGCUCGGCCUUGGUCAAGUAUCAGCCGCAGGAGCAUGUCUACAUCCAGUUUUUUGACGGUUUCAAGGCCAUGUUUCCAGGAUACAUGUUUGAUGAGGCGCUUCUAAAGAGCUCGGAGGUGACGAAGCUGUUGAGCUCCGCGCGCUACGAAGAUUUGCUUAAGAACCCUCUCUCUGUGGAAGGCGAAGCUGAUAUGGCUAGGAUCCUCGCCGGUCUGCUAUCGUCGAAGGACAAGAAGGUGCAAGAUUUCGGGGAGGAGCACUUGAAGAUUCUAAUACAUCGGUGGGACCAGAGAAACAAGAAACCGACGGACGAGUUAGAGGAACUGAAAGAGCCCUAUUUUACAGAUUUUAUCAAGCACAACAGUGCGGCAGACGUCACGCUGAUGAAGUAUUGUGGACGUGUCAUAAGAGGCGAAGAAGGCUCGAAUCUGUACUAUCGACUCAUAAGUAUGAGAUACGGUGGCCCUGAGGAGUUCCUUGGCGGUAUGAGUUGGACAUUUUUGCUCAAACGAAAGCAUUACACCCGAACGAGGAAGAUCAUUGAAGGCACCAUGAAGGCCGUAGGUGUCAAUCCGUCACUGCGUACGGAGUUUCUGAAGGAAUACGAAUCCGCCAGUCAGUUCAUGCUCGAUAUGCGUCGUCCCUCCCGAUCAGUCCCCGAAAUCCAAGAUGAUGCUGCGAUUGAAAAAUUAAAGGAAUACGGCGAACACCUGUCUGACCUGGUGAAGAAGAUGUUUGGGAGCGGCGCACCUGUGGACCGUCUUUUACUUUGA